AUGCCCAAUUCCACAGGGAACCAACUAGCAGAAAUGUUAAGAGAGUUUCAAUCAAGAAGCAAAGCCAAAGCUGUUCUGAUAUUAGGUGGAUACGUGCUGAUUCUGUUGCUUUUGUUUGUUGGAAACUCUCUAACGCUCCUUGUUAUGUUAUUAAGCCAACGGAUGAGAACAAUUCCAAACAUGUUCGUAGCAUCACUCGCUGUUUCUGACCUAUUAUUAGGCCUUUGCAGUUCAGUGCCUUUUGGCAUUCCAGCAUUAGUGACUUCCCAUUGGCUGUUUAACGAUACAGCUUGCCAAUUUCAAGGUUACGUAUCUAUCAUGUUGGUUGUCGCUUCAAUUCACACAUUGGUGUUGAUGGCAGUAAACAGAUAUUAUAGAAUCGUCAAACCAGCAAAGUACCGACGCUACUUCACAAAGAAGAAAACCCUCACCAUGAUUCUUGUGUCGUGGUUCUCUUCUUUUUGUGCUCCAUUGCCUCACGUGAUAAGUGGAAGAAAAAUGGUCUUUCAUCCUGCCAAGUUCUUCUGUUACCUUGGCAUAGGAAAAAGCGCAUCCAUACAUUAUGGUAAUCCGCUUUACAUAGGUGUCCCAACCUAUGUUAUUAUCUACUGCUACUUAACAAUCUUCAUAACAGUUCGCGAUCACAACAGAAAUGCUCAUCCUCCCAACAAUCCGAUAAGCUCUGUAAACGUAGAAGAAGUUAAAGUGGCUCGCACCAUAUUUGUAGUAGUGGUGUUUUUUAAUCUUUGUUGGAUUCCAGUCUUAACAGUUAACGUUUUGGACUAUGCAUUCCAAAGAUGGAUCUUCCCUACUGAGGUUUACAUUUUUUAUACGCUUUUGCCCACUUUUAGCAGCGCGGUGAAUCCUUUAAUUUACGGCGUGAUAAAAAAAAGUUUUCGUACGAAUUAUUUGAAGCUGUUACGCUGCACGUACUGCCGAUCUCAAGUUGUUGUAGGACCAUUGGCUCGGUAAGGACAAGCGAAUACGAUGACUUUCGCUUAAAAAUAUACAGUUGGAAGUGAAUUACCUAAUAAUUUAGGUUGUGUCUGACAUUUGAAAGUUGAAAAAACGUAUUUUCUCUCUUGACGGCAUUGGCUUUCAAAUCACCACCGGGUCGAGUAUAUGACCCUACGGUCACAGGCAAUCAAUAGUUGACUUACGGUAAAUAUGGGAACAAAUCAGGUAAUUAGGGACCAUGACAGGACGUGAACACGGAAUCUCAGAAUUUAUGUCCAGCACUCUUACCUCUUAACCUUUUGACGUUGGCCAUUCAUUACCCAUAAGAUACUGCUAAACGAGCUGUACGAUCGUAAGUUUAAUCACACCGAAAAGAUCUAACUACGCGCUUCUGCAUUAGGGAUUGGUUCGAGUACGCCUAAUAAUGAAGCCUAUUCUGCAUGAAUCGGGUAGAUCUUUGUUCAGCACGUCGUGCUUUUUGCUGGGAUAAGUUUUAAACGUAGGCUUACUAGCCGUGCGCGUGGUACAGCUUGCUCAGGUAUGACCAUUGGUUGAAUGAACGGAAGCUCACACUCAGAAAACCAGUUCCAGAAAUUCGGGAGUCAGUGACUUCAAAGGCUUGACACGAUUUAGGCAGACACUCCUCUUGCCCUCUCACUCAAUAAGACAAAAGAAGGCUUUGCCGGCAGGUUGACCAGGGGAUUAGUAAUAAGCCAUCAUACCCCAAAUGCCGAUUUUGCCACUAGUACAUGCUUGCUGCUUCGAUCCACACAAUGGCCUUGAUGGCGCUGAACAGGUUUUAUAGAAUCCUAAAACUAGUAAAUUACCGCCGCUACUUUAUUACCAGGAAGAAAACUCUACUGAUGAGUCUUGUGUCGUGGCCUUAUUCAUGCCCGUCAUUGCCAUAUUUUCUAGCUGGGAACAGAAUGGUUCCGUCAUUAUCCAACCAAAACAGUGCUGGCAUUCAUUACCUAUAUGAUCAACCAUUUUAUCUUGUGUUUCCAAACUGCACCAUUUUCUAUGUCUAUCUUAGAAUCUAAAAAACCGUUCGUAGUCUUAAUAACAAUUUUUUAGCAUGGAUUUAACCUCCGGAGGUUUCCAUAUUGGCAUAUCAUUUUUGAUCCUUUAAGCAGCGCUUUGAAUCCUCUGAUGCGACGUGAUAAAAGGAGAGUUUUCGUAAGAAUUAUUUGAAGGUGCAACGCUGCACAUAGUAAGCGCUAGGUAUGUAUUAGCCAAUAACUAAUGUAAGCUACCUGUAAGAAACAACAAGUAAUCAACUUUUGAUGUCUUACAAAAUAGAGAGAGGGCUCCAGAGUUAUGGAUAUUUUUCGAAAUAUUUCUCAUUUGACGACAGCGUCUCAAUUUUGUCGCCGGUUGUAGUUAAACGUUUUGCGCUCGACACUUUGCUUGAGAUUAAAGUCGCAAAAGAGAAAUCUCUAGAUAGCCUAGCUAAAACGAAAGGCAUGCUUGACGAGCUAAUUUUGUUUUGAACAGAACAGCUGCACAAAACAGAACUGAUUGGACAGACUGGAUGAUAACCUUACGAGCCUGCAGCUGGCGCAUAGAAAGAUGAUAAGGCAUGAUGAUGCAUUUAUUACGGUGCGGGUCUGUCAAAUGCGUCAACUUGCGGUCGACGAUAUUAGCUCGAUCAGCUUUAAAUUCCGGCUUAGUUUUGCCCUACUUAGCCGGUGCUUCUUUAAUAGUGGGGUGGACUCUGUCAUUAACAAGCUGUUGUUUAGAAAAACCUGAAAGGACCGAGAUAAAGCAGGUAACUGAAAUUUUCUUUUUUCAUUUUUACUUUGUACAUAAUACUGGUGCAAAUAUUAUACCAUGCACAAAACACAACAUGCACAUUGGGCCUCAACAUACACAGUAGAAUUUUACUCCACACAUUUUCAUACUAUCGUUUGUGAUGGCACUUUCAUUAAUCAUUCCUUUAAAAGUUUAAUUGUGAAAAUCGGAACCUACGUGUAUGAUGUACUGAGAUGAUGAGUUAAAAUUGUGAGGGAUUGUGCACUUAUGAAUUAGUACCUACAGAACCUUUUUCUGCAUUUGUAAACGUUCUUUGCGUAAUUCAGAAACCGCUUUGUUGUUUCCCUUUUAACUUGAAUAAUAACAUUUUCCAAAGAAUUUAGAAUUUAAUUCAGGAACUUCAAACUGUCGUGGUUGGAAAUUUAACAUUCUUUCCUGCUUACAUUGUUUGACUGUCCCAUUUUAGUACAGGUGUUACAAUGAAAAUAAAUAAGAAAGAAAGAAAAUUAGAGAAAGAAAAACUUCAAGUGUUUUAGUUAGAGCUUGACGAAGUUAAACGAGAACCAUUCUUUAACGUUCUUUUCUCAUUUUCUUGCACGACUUUAUGGUUUUGCAUAACACGUAAAAACUUCUGGUUUAAAAUAUGAUUCAGAAUAAGUUCUCUUUUGCCAAACAGUUAAUUCAAUGUAGCUCUGGCCUUGAGGAAGGCUAAUUUUGUUAGCCGAAAUAUUGGCCUCAAUAAAUCAGCCCUUUGCCGUAUUGCCAGCCUUACUUUCGGUUUUGUUUGACCGACCCACUUCAAGUGACGUUAGGCAUUAGCACCUCUUCAUUAGACAUCCGGCGAGAAAGAACCAGUCGGUUCUAUUUACGCGUUGAGUGGACCUCUGCAUUCAAAGGUUUUUAAUUCAAUGUUUUCUUAAUAAUUUAUAAUUUACAGAGGCAAAUUUGCGGACCUGUCUUCUUGACUCAAAGUAUGAGUUUUAGAGUCGAGGAAUCUUAAGUUUUAAGUUAAUAAAAUCUUUUAAUAAACCGGCAUUGUUAUUUUGGUUCCUGACUAGUGGCAAGGGGAAACUGACUGUUUCUUUAGCAGACGGUAAACAAAAUUCUGGUGUGUGAAUUGAAAAUAAGCCGAUUUCUUCCAAAAGAAAAUUGACUUUCGCAGGUAAAAGAGUUUGUUAAACUUAAUAGCAGCCUGUGCAGUUUUUUGCUCUUUGCAUUAAUAGUGAUCAGCCACCAGAAAAUGCAAAUUACAAUUUUGGAUUGGCAAAGGGUCAAUCAAAGCACAUAAAUUCGUAAAAAUUUUGAAUUCAUCCAGACCCUAUCCAGACUCUAAGGAAAGGGAGGGACCUUCAUCGAAACUGAUUUCGGCUUCGGUUUGGCAUAACAACAAGGUGGGUCCCCCGGUCUCCGUCCCCUUGAUGCGCCACUGUGUAGUAUUAGACAUGUAACACCGUGUAAUGCCCUGUGCAUAUGUUCUAUUUAUAGCUGGACCUGAAGGAACAGAAAAGAUGAUUUCUACACAGGAUCAACUGGCAGAUAUGUCAAGAGACUUAGAAUCAAGAAGCAGAGCAAAACUUAUUCUGGAAUCGGGUUUUUUAUGGCUUAUUUUAUUGUUUUUAUUGGUUGGAAACUUCAUAACACUACUGGUUAUGUUGUUAAACCGACGGAUGCGAACAAUUCCAAACAUGUUCGUGGCAUCACUCGCUCUUUCAGAUUUACUCAUAGGAGUUCUGGGCGCGGGUCCUUCAGCUCUUCCUGUAUUGGUGACUUCUAGUGACCCAUUUAACGAUACCUUUUGCCAGUUCCAAGGGUAUAUAGCUAUCACAUUAGCAGUGGCUUCAAUUCACACAUUGGUCCUGAUGGCAGUGAACCGGUACUAUAGAAUAGUCCAACCGGCAAAAUAUCGUCGUUACUUCACAAAGAAGAAAACCACGAUAAUGAUUCUUGUGUCCUGGUUGUCGUCACUAAGUGCUCCAUUGCCAUAUUUCUUGAGUGGCCACAAAAUGGUUUUCCAUCCUUUUAAGCUCUUCUGCGUUCCUAAAAUCAUUGCGGUUGUGGGAAUUUCGGGCACAGUGUGUUUGGGGAUUUCAUGUGCCAUCAUUCUUUACUGCUACUUUAGAAUCUUCAAGACAGUUCGCCACCAUAAUAACAACUUUCGUCUCCCUGGCAACCCAGUAAACACGAUAAACGUGGAAGAAGUAAAGGUUGCGCGCACGCUAUUUAUAACAGUGGUGUUUUUCAAUCUAUGUUGGGCUCCAGUUAUGGUUAUUGAUCUAGUGGACACCAUCAAUGAAAAAUGGAUCUUCCCUCGCGAGGCCUACCUAGCAUAUAGUUUUUUGGCCGUUUUCAGCAGUGCUUUGAAUCCUCUGAUAUAUGGUGUGCUUAACAAAAGUUUUCGCAAGGAUUAUCUUAAGGUGCUGUGCUGCAGGCAUUGCCGUUCUCAAGGUGUAGUAGAACCGUUGGCUUUGCAA